AUCUUGUGGGCAGUGAGGGAGGCGGAAGGCGAAGGGCAGAAUCAGGCGAGGCUUCCGGCUGGCCUGGAGAGAACGACGACGGAGUUUCCGCAGCGAGGCACCCUGCGACGUCGCUCGAUUUUCUUGGCCAGUGGGUGAACAACAUCCUCAAAAAUGGGAAAUAUUUUUGCCAACCUUUUUAAAGGCCUCUUUGGCAAAAAAGAAAUGCGUAUUCUUAUGGUUGGACUGGAUGCUGCAGGAAAAACUACUAUAUUAUACAAGCUUAAACUCGGUGAAAUAGUAACUACCAUCCCUACUAUUGGUUUCAAUGUAGAAACAGUAGAAUACAAGAAUAUUAGCUUCACGGUGUGGGAUGUCGGUGGACAGGAUAAGAUCAGACCACUUUGGCGCCAUUAUUUCCGUUUCCUUUCAGGCUUGAUCUUUGUGGUCGAUAGUAAUGACAGAGAGCGAGUUAACGAAGCCAGAGAAGAGCUUAUGAGAAUGUUAGCAGAAGAUGAGCUCAGAGACGCUGUCCUUUUAGUGUUCGCUAACAAACAGGACCUGCCAAAUGCCAUGAAUGCUGCCGAAAUCACAGACAAACUAGGAUUGCAUUCUCUCCGCCACAGAAACUGGUACAUUCAGGCCACAUGUGCCACCAGUGGGGAUGGUCUCUAUGAAGGACUGGACUGGUUGUCCAAUCAGCUCCGAAACCAGAAAUGAACCGCUGAAUUAAUCCUCUUUUCUCCACCCCUCUUCCUCUUCUUCCUCACUUUAGUCUAAUGUGGCAAACCCAUGCUACUUUGUAGUAUUGAGUGCCAGAAAUUGUUUUCAUCUUUUCUCGUCCACAGCAUUGUCCUUCACGCUGUACAUGUGGCAAAAACCAAGCCCGAAAAAAACACUUUAGGUUUUUUUUUUCUUAUUUAAUGUAAAUAGUUCUUGUUUUUCCCCACGAGGCAGUUUCUGGUACUCCUAUGCAAUAUUAUUUGGGGUUUUUUAUGAUAAAGGUUUAAAAAAAUGACUGAGCGGAUUCAGAAAAAAAAGGUUGACAGGAGUCUGGUUUUGUUUGUGUCAUGUGUCUGUGGACUAGUUCUGAACAUGAUCCCUCGGCUUGCAGAGCUGGGCUGAGGCCUGAUUUCUACAGCCAUGUUUUUAAGCCUGGGGACGAGUUUCUUUUCAGAAGAUGGGUGGCGGGAAGGAAAGCGGGAACACUUGAACCCAGGACCCUUUGUGAUUUCUGCAACAACAUGAAAAAUACCAGCAGUUUUCCUUGUU